AUAGGGGACAACAGCUUCUCGACAAGUGAUGCUAAGCUCAGUCUGUGUAUUGCCACUGCUGGAGCUGCCACGUCCUGGGAAGAGCACACGAGGAUCGAUUGUAGUCGGAGAAGAUAACGUUUGUGCAACUAAUUAGCGAAAGUUACAAAGAUCAACAAUGAAGGAAUCUGAUAUUCAAAAUUUCUAUAAGAACAAAAAUGUGUUCAUUACUGGCGGAACCGGUUUCCUGGGGAUCGCUAUCGUGGAAAAAAUUCUGCGGUCAUGUCCUGAGGUUGGUGGAAUUUACUUAUUGAUGAGACCCAAGAAGGGAAAGCAGAUAGAAGAACGACUUAAAGAAUUGACCGAUAAUGCGGUUUUUGAAACGCUACUUCAACAAUCGUCACCUGAUAUAUUCCGUAAGCUGCACGCCGUCGCUGGCGACGUUGGGGAGGAGAACCUGGGACUGUCUCCAGAAAAUCGUGCUUCUUUGGCACAGACGAUCGAUGUGGUGAUCCAUUCAGCGGCUACCUUGGAUUUCCAAGCUACCCUCAGACCUACUGUACAGAUCAAUUUGCUGGGAACGCGACGAGUAAUGCAACUGUGCCGUGAAAUGCAACAUCUGAAGUGUAUGGUGCACGUGUCCAGCGCUUAUGUCAACUCGUACCUCAAGGAAGCGGAUGAGAAACUAUAUCCAGCGCAUGAAGAAGCCGAAAAAAUAAUUGAUUUGGUCAACUCAUUGGGUGAUGACGCUCUGGAGCAGUUAACUGACAAAUUAUUGAAGGACCAUCCGAACACGUACACGUUUACAAAGCAUCUAGCUGAACAUGAAGUUAACAAAUGUGCUGCCAUUUUCCCAUGUGGGAUUGUGCGACCCAGUAUGAUUACCGGAGCAUGGAAGGAACCAGUCCCCGGUUGGACAAUUUCCAAGAACGGACCUCAAGGAUUUCUUAUGGGAGCUGCCAAGGGAGUCAUUCGGCGGCUGCCCGUCGGAACCGAACUCAUUUACGAUUACAUCCCAGUUGACACAGUUGUCAAUCAAAUACUCGUCACUGCAUUCCACAUCCAACGAAACGGCUUCAAAGAAUUGUCGAUUUACCACUGUACUUCAAGCACCUGUAACCCCUUCAGAUGGGACAGUGUAAAGGAGCAGGUGAAUGACUACCUGCAUAAGUAUCCCUUAAAAUCAGCCGUUUGGUACCCGCACCUGAAAUUCCUACCAAGUUUGUGGUUGUACAAACUGUCGGCAAUUAUCGUUCAUUUUAUGCCUGCCUAUUGUCUGGAUUUCAUUACGAAAGUUUUUGGUGGACGUCCGAUAUUGGUGCGAUUACAUACAAACGUUUGGGAAUCCUUGAACCGACUGGAAAAGUUUAUUUUCAGUGAAUGGAGAUUCAAUAAUCCUAAAACACUCGAUGUUAGUCGACAACUUAGCCCGAUGGAUCGAGAGAUGUUCAACAUUGAUAUUUCUGAAUUGAAAUGGCCGGAAUACUUUGUUGGACUGGCACAAGGUGUCAGGCGGUAUUUGAACAACGAGCAUCCAAAAACAUUGGCUGCUGCUCGGAAGAAGGACACAGUGUUGUUCUUUGUUCAUAUCGCAUUCCAAGUGCUGUUUCUAGCAUUGUUUUGGGCACUGACAGCUAAACUCACUGGAAUGUCUUUAAUUGGCUGCAUAUUUGUAAUCCCAGUGAUGUAUUUCCUGCUGAGCCUUCUCUAGAGAAACUUUGUUUUAAGGAACGAAAAUGUGUUUUUGAGGUUGAGGUUGUUUGUUGGUUACUAACCAGAAAGCAUUUUGGUCAAUCAAACUAUUGUGUGGUAAAUGGAAAUAA